AUGAACUCUCAGGAACAGUUUGUCAUUGGCUUUGAUUUUGGCUCCGACUCGGCGCGGGCCGUUCUGGUUCGCGCCAGCGACGGCAAAGAGGUUGCGGUGGCUGUGGAGCCGUAUCACCGGUGGAGCGAAGGUAAGUACUGUGACCCACCACGGAGCCAAUAUCGUCAGCAUCCCUUGGACUAUAUAGAAGCCCUUGAAAUUAUUGUUUGUCAGGUGCUGGACCAAGGACCUCCUGGUGUAAGAGAUCAUGUCGUGGGAAUGGCAUUUACCACCACAGGCAGUACACCAUGUUUUGUGGAUGAAAAGGGUGUUCCACUGGCCCUUCAACAAACUUUUUCAGAGAAUCCCAACGCCAUGUUUAUCCUUUGGAAGGAUCAUACUUCGGUAAAAGAGGCAAGGGACAUAAAUGAGUUGAGCAAAAAAUCUCCUGUGGACUACACAAUGUAUUCGGGGGGUAUUUACUCCUCGGAGUGGUUCUGGUCGAAGGCUUUACAUGUGCUUCAUCAUGACGACCUUGUUCGGGAAAAAGGCUACGCCUUGUUGGAGCUAUGUGAAUGGCUUCCUGCGCUCGUAACAGGAAUUUCAUCUUAUGCGCAAGUAGCACGAAGUCGGUGUGCAUGUGGCCAUAAAGCAAUGUGGAAUGAAGAGUGGGGUGGAUUUCCCCCUUGUGAGUUCUUUACGCAACUGCAUCCGGCCUUGGCUGCCAUCCGUUCCAGAAUGGCAUUUAAUACUUUUACUGCUGAAAAAGCUGUUGGCCAUCUUUCUUCGAAGUGGGCUAAACGUUUGGGACUGAAGGAGACAGUCGUUGUUGCUGGUGGCGCGAUUGAUUGCCACAUGGGUGCCGUCGGUGCUGGGAUUGGUGAGUACACAUUUGUUCGAGUUAUGGGCACUUCCACGUGUGAUGUGAUGGUGUCGUCUCGCGAGGAUAUUCAUCACCGGCGGAUCAAUGGUAUUUGCGGGCAGGUUGAUGGAUCUGUUAUUCCCGGCAUGAUUGGUUUGGAGGCGGGGCAGUCGGCUUACGGGGAUGUUUUUGCCUGGUUUGUCUCGCUGCUCUCUUUUCCACUAAAAACGGUGAUUCAAAAUUCCACGUUAAUUUCUGAACGCGCGAAAACGCAAAUUUGGAAGGAGUAUGAGCGUAACAUUUUUUGCAUACUAAAUAAAAAGGCGGGGGAAAUGCAACCGGGUGUGGGAAAUGUGAUUGCGGUGGACUGGCUUAAUGGCAGGAGAACCCCAGACGCCAAUCUCUUUCUCAAAGGAACUAUCAGUGGUCUCACCCUCGGGACGGAUGCGCCCGGCAUUUUUCGUGCCCUUGUGGAGGCAACGGCAUACGGUUCACGGGCCAUAGUUGAGCGGUUUAAAGAAGAGGGUGUGCGCAUUGAUCGUGUGAUUGCAGUUGGGGGUAUAGCAAAGAAAUCACCUUUGGUGAUGCAAGUUUUAAGUGACGUUCUCAACGUUCCCAUACGUGUGUGUCGCACCGGGCAAGUAUGUGCUUUGGGUGCAGCAAUGUUUGCUGCAACCGCCGCAGGACUGUACGAUUCUAUUGAGGCGGCGCAAAAGAUGAUGAGCAGUGGUUUCUCCACCGAAUACAAACCGUGUCCAAAGAGAGCAGUGAUAUACAACAUACUGUAUGAAUCCUACAAACGGCUUGGCUGUGCCACCCAAAAGGAAUUUGUUUCUUCUUUGUGA